AUGCCAACUCUUCCACAUAUCCUUGCACACCUCGUCUCCUUCUCACCCCCCUCUCCCCCGCUUCCUUUCCCAUCCUCCUUUCGCCUUGCCUGCUCCCCCCUCUCAUUCUCCCCCUUCCUCCAUCACCCCUCCCCUCUCCUCCUCCCUUCUGCACCCCCCCAUCCCCCCAACCCUCCCCCACCCUCCGGCACACCAGUUGCUGAGAGCAACAGCAGCGGGAGUGGUGGUGGUCUACUGCAAGCAACAGCAGUGGGAGUGUUGGUGGUGUUGGAGGGGGGAUACAAUCUUGAGUCCAUAGAGCAAUGCUUCGCUGCCUGUGUCUCCGCCAUGCUCGGUGAUCUCCCCAUCGCUGCUCCCCCCCCUCAAUGGCCCCUCCGCCUCUCCCAGUCCGGCCUCGCCACUGUUCUUCAGGUGCGCAAGCAUCUGUCCCAGUGGUGGCCGUGCCUCGCCUCGCCGCUCGACCUCUCCACCUUCCUGCACUCCCUCGCAACCCUCCACGCCUCCUCCUCCUCCACCCCCUCUUCCUCUCACCCGCCCACUUCCUUCCCUCCCCACAUAUCGUCCACCGCUGCUGCCCCCCCUGCUCUAUCCAUGGAUGCUCUCUUCUCGCAUCUCUCCCAAGCUGAGAUGGCGCAUGUUGCUGCCACUGCUGCCGCUGCCGCUGCUCUCGCUUCUGCUGGUGUUCCAGUUGACAUGCAGCCCACGUCCCCCUCGACCCCCUCCGAUGCCUCUAUAGACUUUGAGGACCUGCCAGGGGUUGGGGCAGGGGAAGUGGAGAGUGGCACGAGGGGCAUGGGGUUUAGAGGGGAUGGGGAGAGUGCAGGAGUAGCAGCCGAAGGGACUCGAGAUGGGGCAGGUAUGAGAGCUGUUGCUAAUGGUACGGAGCAGCAGAAAGUGCGAGAAGCAGGGGUCAGUGCAACACUAGCUGCAGCCACUGCGGUUGAAGGACGGGAGGGCGGGGGCAAUGGUGUGGAAAACGAAGCCAAGACGAGAGACGAGAACGGAACCUACUGGGAAGGGAUCGAGCCAGAGAGCAAACCUGAGGAGGUCAGCUUGAAAGACGAGACCAGGGAGCGGAAGGAGGAGUGCAGGAAAGAGGAGGAGACUCUUGUGUGGUACGCAAGCUAUGGGUCUAACAUGUUGGAAGAGCGAUUCAUGUGCUACAUACAGGGAGGCGCUGUGGAUGGCAUGACACAUCCCUGCCACGGCUGCUCUGACCCCACACCACCCCGAGCCUCCAAGUGGAUUGCAGUGCCGCACCGCAUGUGCGAUGCUGCUGCUGCCGCUGCUGCGGCAGUAGGAGCUUCUGCUUCCACAGCAGCAACACAACAGCCAUCCCCCUCUGCUUUCCACGAGAUCCUUCCGGAUGGCUGGUACGGCACUGUGCUGCUACUGGGCUUUGAUGAUGGAUGCCCAAUACUCACCUUCAGGUCUGCUCCCAUUCUCACCUCACAUGCUCCCUUGCCACCUUGCCCCUUUGCCCGUUUGCCCCCUUGCCCCCUCACCCCUUUGCCCCCUUGCCUCCAUGCCCUCCCAUGCGCCCAAGCUCCCUUGCCCCCAUGUCCCCAUGCCCCCAUGCUCGCUCCCAUGCCUCCAAGCUCCCAUGUCCCCAUGCCCCCAUGCUCGCUCCCAUGCCUCCAAGCUCCCAUGUCCCCAUGCCCCCAUGCUCGCUCCCAUGCCUCCAAGCUCCCAUGUCCCCAUGCAGCCCCUGUUUUCAGUCCCUCACAUCACCAUUUUGACUAA